AACAGCAGAGCAAAUGCCAUGGAGGUGCUUGAAGAAUUAGUUGAGAAGGGCGCCCAGCUGCUGAUAAAGAGAGACCAACUGAAGGAGAAGGAGCAGCAGCUGAGGGAGCGAGAGCGGCAGCUGAAGGAGAAGGACAUCCAGCUGGAAGAGCAGGACCGGCAGCAGAUGGAAAUAGAAAUGCAGCCGAUGAUCAUUGAUAUGCAGCAGAGGGAGAGGUGCCAACAGCAAGGGGACUGGGAACGGCAGCGAAGGGAGAUGGACCGUCAGAGGCGCGAGAGGGAACGGCAGCAGUGGGAGAAGGACCGUCAGCAGUGGGAGAAAGACCGCCAGCAGUGGGAGAAGGAGCGACAGCGCUGGGAGAUGGACUGGCAGCACUGGGAGGAGGAGUGGCAACGGUGGGAGAAGGACCAGGACAGGUGUGAAAGUGAUUGGCAGCUGAGGAAUGAGUACUGGCAGCAGUGGAAUAAGGAUGUCCAGCAGUGGGAUAAAGACUGGCUACGGUGGGUGAAGGACUGCCACCAGUGGGAAAAGGAUGGUCAGCAGUGGGAGAUGGACUACCAGCGCUGGGAAAUGGAUGACCAGCUAUGGAAGAAGGAGCGGCAGCUGUGGAAGAAGGAACGGCAGCUGUGGAAAAAGGAGCGGCAGCUGAAGGAUGAGCAGUGUCAGCAAAGGGACGAUGAAUGGCCUCAGUGGGAGAAGAACCGCCAGCAGCUGGACGAGUAUCAACAGCAGUUAGGAGACUACCGUGAGCGACUGGAAGAAGACUGGCUACAGUGGGAGAUGGAACAGCAACGACUAAAGCAAGAGAGAAAGCAGUGGGAGAAAGAGCGAGAGCAGAGGGAGAAGGAGCGGCUAUGGAGGAAGAAAGAGCAGAAAUCCAGUGAGAGGUGGAUCAACUUCAGAAGACAAGACCUGGACUUCAAGGUAUUCACGGUCUUGGCUCUGUACUUCUUGACCUUUUCUUGCCUUUGCUAA